AUGUCGUCUUUCUUUACGGGCCCUGGGGUCCAAAGCAAACGGAAGAGACAAACUUCAGCAGCAGACGGUCCAAAAAAGAGAUUAGCAACAUCUUCCAACUCGAUCCCCGUGCAAAAGUCGGCCGGCAAGGCAACCAGAAGGCCAGGCAACCCCGCGCCGAAGAAACAGAGAGUCGAGCGUGACGAGUCAAUAUCAGGCAGCGGCUCGGACGAUGACGACCUUCCUGAGGACGAGGACGAAUUCAAUGGAGUCGACUGUGACACCUCGGGGUCAGAGGCUGAGGGAGAGACAGCGGCGGAGCGGCGAUUGAGAUUGGCCGAGCGGUACCUUGACAAUGUGAAGGGCGAAGUGCAGGACGAGUACGGCUUCGACGCCGAAGAAAUCGACCGUGACCUUAUCGCCGAGCGAAUGCAAGAAGAUGUCGCCGAGACAAAGGGCAAGGUCUACAGGCAACUUGCCGGCGAGCUGCUAUUCGAGCAAGCAUCACACACGAUUUUCAGGUGGAACUCGCAGAACGUGAACUCGAUAGCCACGUGUGCUCCAUACGCCUAUACGGUCUCCAAAGACAUGUACCUGGUGAAGUGGAAGCUCCAGGACCUGCCGCAAUGCCAGUGGCCGCAGACAACAAAAAAGAAGCCCAAGAAACCACCUGCGCCGCCCAAGAAGAAACCACAGCGGGUGGCAUCGAGUCGAGGCGACACCAGGAAAGCGAAAGACAAGAAUUACCAGGGCCACACCGGUCCGAUACUGAAGGUCGCAGCAUCACAGGACGGGAAAUUUGUGGUGACAGCUGGCGCGGACAGGAGGAUGGUGGUCCACGAUGCCGAGACGUUGAAGCCCAUAAGAGCAUUCACUCAACAUCGUGACGCUGUCACGGGCCUAGCCUUCCGCCGGGGCACGAAUCAGCUGUACUCGAGCUCCAAGGAUCGGACCGUCAAGGUAUGGUCACUCAACGAGCUCGCCUACGUCGAAACACUGUUCGGCCACCAGGACCACGUCGUGGACAUCGAUGCACUUGCUCAAGAGCGCUGCGUGAGUGUAGGAGCGCGAGAUAGGACUGCACGACUGUGGAAGGUUGUUGAGGAGACACAACUGGUCUUCCGCGGCGGCGGUUCUGGUAUCUCCGAGAAGAAGAAGGACAUAAUGCCGAACAACAACGUCGACCCCAAUUCCAAUGCUCACGAAGGAAGCAUGGACCGGAUUGCCAUGAUCGACGAUGACAUGUUCGUCACGGGCAGCGACAACGGUUCUAUAGCUCUGUGGAGCUUGCAGAAGAAGAAACCUGUAUUCGUCCUGCCCCAUGCCCAUGGUAUCGAGCCAGCACUGGCACCAGAGAAGUCAUCGGGCGAGAUAGAUCCCGACCCUGCGGUGGUGCCCCCUCCUCAGCCGCGGUGGAUCACAGCUCUGAGGACAAUACCAUACUCAGAUAUCAUCCUGUCAGGCAGCUGGGACGGGUACGUCCGCGUUUGGAAGCUGAGCGAAGACAAGAAGCGGCUCGAGCGCGUGGGCGUCCUCGGCGCCACGUCCGACGAGGACGGCAACGUUCUGUCGCACAAUCCACAGUACCAGUUCCCUCAGCAGGCACUCACGAACGGCAACGCAGAUGAGCCCAAAGUCAACGGCAACUCAUCAUCGCAGGAGGUCGCACGGAAAGAAAAGGACAAAUCGGCCUCGCCCACCCCGGACUCUGCCCUCGGCCUCGUCAAGGGCGUCAUCAACGACAUCUCCACCUUUGAGCGCGGAGACCGCGGCAGGGACGGGCUGUGCGUCGUCAUCGCGCUGGGCAAGGAGCACCGCCUCGGCCGGUGGAAGAAGCUGCAGGGAGCUCGGAAUGGCGCCAUGGUGUUCGAGGUGCCCAGGGUGCGGAAGGAGGUCGUCCAGACCAAUGGUGUUGAUCAUGCGUCCGACGAGGACUCGGCGUCAUAA